AAAUUUAAAAUUUUUCUGAAGGUCCUGGACCUUCUCCACCUCCCCCUGAACCGCCAACAUCGCGUCCACACGAACCGCAAAUAUACGUAAGGGUUGAAACACCUAUCAUACACAUCAAAGAAAUAGGAAGCACUGUGCAUCUCAAAUGCGAAGCCAGGUCUCUUACUUCACCAUCUAGAUCUGUAGUAAUACACUGGCUGAAAGAAGGGGGUGAAUUGCCCUAUGAUCGAUUCAUAGAUGAUGCGCGCGGCCUUUUGGUGAUACGGUCUGUUAGAGUCUCUGACUCGGGUAGAUACAUCUGUGAGGCUUCAGAUGGGGUUGAAGUAGUCACUGACUAUGUAACAUUGCACGUAGGGGACGGAAAUGAACCCGUAGCUCCAAGAGUUUCGAUAUAUCCCGAAACAUUAGACAUAACUGAAGGUGAAGAAAUAACGCUUCGUUGUACAUCAUCCGGAGUACCAGCACCAAAUCUCACGUGGGUCAAAAGAACAGGAGAUGCUUACAGUAAUUUGCAAAGUAUAUCACCAGGAGUUAUUCAAAUUCCUUUUGCUACGAAAAAUGACGAGGGAGAUUACGAAUGUAUUGCCACAAAUGAAAAAGGUACCGAUCGUUUUGUGGCCCGCGUAUAUAUUAGAGAAGGAUCUGGAUCAAUCAUGAAACCGAGGAUUACACCGGGCUCGUAUUAUGGUAAAAGUGGUGACAAAUUCACGUUGACAUGUCAAAGUAGAGAAGCAUACAGGAGCAUCGACUGGACGAGAAAGGACGGUCAUUUAUUACCAUACAGUUCGAGUGUCGAGAAUGCAGUCCUGACCGUAUACGAUGCGAAACCUGAAGACUCAGGAGUUUAUGUUUGUACAGUGACAAGCUACUCGGGAACACGUGGAAACGAAUCGGCCGUGGUAUCCAUCGCAACAGGAACCCAAGGAGAAUAUCCAGAAGUUCGUAUAGAGCCUCAGCGCCAAACAAUUUCUCAAGGAUCCACCGCCGAAAUAGUUUGCAAUGUUUCUGGUUUCCCUCCACCGACAAUCAAGUGGACGAAAGUUGGAGACGCUUUACCACCCAACGCCCAACAAAUCGGCUCAGUACUCCGUAUCAAUAAUGUACAAAUUUCUGAUAGGGGCGUCUAUGUUUGCGUCGCUUCAAACGAUGUCGGUAUCGCCCAAGCGUCAUCGAUUAUCGAGAUCGACCGUCGUGAAGCACCCGUAGUUGAAAUAUAUCCGUCUAAAACUCAGACCGUCACGAUCGGUAGCAGUGCCAUUCUUCAAUGCAGAGUUACCGCUGGAAUUCCGCAACCUACCGUGGUUUGGAGUAGAUCUAAUGGAUUGCCUUUAGGAUCAACUGUUGAGCAACUUUCCAAUGGAGUUUUAAAAUUCAAUGCAAUUGUAAACGAAGAUAAUGGUGAAUACAUUUGUACAGCAGAAAACGCCGCAGGAAAAGUAACAGCUGUUGCCAAUAUUGAAGUACAAACUGUUCCUGUUGUUACUUUAAGACCUUCUGGAACUGUUACUGUCCGGGAAAAUGAUUACGUUCGUUUGGAGUGUCAAGCAGAAGGAUUCCCACUUCCAACUGUACAAUGGUCGAAAUAUGUUCGAACUGAAGCCACCUUAAGGUAUGUUUUUUCAAAUUUUAACAUUAUAUUGUUUCAUAUUUCAUUAAAAGUUUAUGCUGGUGAGUUUUUAUUAUCUUUGUAAAACG